AUGCUGCUGCGGCUCCUGGUGCUGCUGGGCGCCUGCCCGGGGCUGUCGCGGUGCCUGGGUUCCUUCGUGCAGUGCGAGCCCUGCGAUGCCAAGGCGCUGUCGCUCUGCCCGCCGCCGCCGCUGGGCUGCGAGCUGGUGAAGGAGCCGGGCUGCGGCUGCUGCCUCACCUGCGCCCUGCCCGCCGGGCAGCCCUGCGGCGUCUACACCGAGCGCUGCGCCCGCGGGCUGCGCUGCCUCCCGCGCCAGGGCGAGGAGAAGCCGCUGCACGCCCUGCUCCACGGCACCGCCGUCUGCCUCAGCGAGAAGAGCUACCGCGAGCAAGCCAAGGCCGAACGGGAGUCCCGGGAGCAUGAGGAGCCAACCACAUCGGAGAUGACAGAGGAGACCUACCCGCCCAAGGCCUACCGGCCCAAGCACGGGCGCCUCUCUGAGCUCAAGGCUGAAGCCCUGAAGAAGGACCGCCGGAAGAAGUUGACCCUUGCCAAGUUCGUGGGCAUGGCUGAGAACACGGCUCACCCUCGUGUGGUCAUUCCCGAGCUCCGGCAGGAGUUUGAGCUGGGCCCGUGCCGCAGGCACAUGGAGGCAUCCCUGCAGGAGCUGAAGAGCAGCCAGCGGAUGGUCCCCCGUGCUGUCCACCUCCCCAACUGCGACCGCAAGGGCUUCUACAAGAGGAAGCAGUGCAAGCCCUCCCGGGGCCGGAAGCGUGGGUUGUGUUGGUGUGUGGACAAGUAUGGCAUGAAGCUGCCGGGGACUGACUUCCUGAGCGGAGACCUGCAGUGCCACGCGUUCGACAGCAGCAAUGUGGAGUGAAGCCACAUCCCCUCCCUCCGCCCCAUCACUAUCUACCCAGACUCCCUUCCGCCCUCCCCUCCGCACCUCCCCACGCCCCGGGACUCCGAUUCCUUUCAUCUCAUGUAAGACGAAAAAAGAAAGGAAAAGAAAAAAAGAGAAAGGAAGGAAAAUUAAAAAAAAAAAAACAGAAAGG